CUAUUUAUAGCAGCCGUUCUAGUUCAACAAGUAUGCAGUGUGUGAGGAUGGCAGCCUUAAAUCACAGGGUAAAACUGGGCUCCCUUCCCACCAAGGCGCAGGCUGGGAGCGCAGCAGGAAGGAAGGCCUGUUUAUGAGCGUCUCACGCGGCUGUGGCUGAGUAGGCAGCCGAGCAAAACAAUGUCCUCUUGUGUAGAUUGAUUCUUCCAGCAAAGGACUGACGAUGUGAGGAAAAGCUCGUUGGAUGAAUGUGAAAAUAUGAGCCGUUAUGAUAGACAAGACAGAAAUGCUAGGCAACAUCAGGAAGGAUUCUGGAAAAGAGCACCACAGCAGCGGUGGAAUGCACAAGAUCAUUAUCAUCUUGGUCAUACUGAGCACUAUAUUCAUGGUAAAAAUGACUUGAACAGGGAAUCAAACUACCUAGAGUCUUCUGUUGGUCACUUUGAAAGCUAUGGCACACCAAAUUUUUACCAGGCUCCUAGACAGCUGGUGAGCUUACCGGAGAAUACUGUGAUGCUUGAUGAGAUGACACUUCGGCACAUGGUCCAAGACUGCACAGCUGUGAAAACUCAGUUAUUGAAACUGAAGAGAUUACUGCACCAGAACGAUGAGAAUGUGUCGCUCCAGGACAUCUCGCUUUCGGUACCAUCAAGUCCAGAACCACAAGAACCUGAGUCAACGUAUUUUAAGACAGAAGACUUAUUGAAUGAGAUAAGGCAGCUUAAAGAUGAACUGAAGAAAAAGGAUGAAAAAAUCAACCAAUUAGAACAUCAACUUGCCAGUAGAUGUAACUGCCAGAAGGACAGCCAAAAACCCACAGUGGCAAAGUGCGUGUAUGCUGAUAAAUUCACACAAACUUCCUGGAGGAGGAGUUCUGUGAGUAAAACUUGUUGUGACUUUUUUGAGUUUUCAUUCCUCAAUUUUAUAAUUAGUGCAUAUGCACAAGUUUGCCAUACUUAAGAGAUUAUGUACGCU